AUGCAGUCGUAAUAGUAGCUGACAUCUCCGCAGCGAUCUGCUGGAGAUACUAGAAACAAACGAUCUGGAGCUAACCCCAACUCGCCUGAUGGAUAAGACCCUGCUUUUGAUAAUUCAAACGAGGCAGUUGAGAAGAGACUUUAAGAAACGAUUAAGAGAGCUGAGUCUGACUUUGAAAGGUUCACGAGGAAUGAUCAGUAGAUCAAAAGAAAGGAUACAGUUGAGGUAGUCAUGGAUGUCCUCAAUAGAAUCAAGGCAGCAGCCGACGAGAUCAAUAAGAUGUCACAGGAGCAGAGAGAGAAGUUGUAUUACUUAACUUACAACUCAACCAUCAUUAUCUUCAAGAUAUGUCACUAACUCAGAGAAGCCAAUUAUUCAAAAGAAGCAACUCAUUUCUUGGCUUACAAUGUACUUUGCUUGGACAACAACUUGAUCUUAACAACAGCCAAGUACCUAGAUUGGCGUGUGAUGAACUACGUAGAACUAGCUAGAUGCUAUGCCGACUAAAUGGCUUACAAGGCAGCCACAAGAGUUAUCAGUUACGGUAUUCAAAAGGUACUCUACUUGAAGCAAAUUGAAGAGCAAGAUCCUCCAGUCCCAGAUGGCACCAAAGAGGUGCUUGUAGAAGCACUAAGAAUUCUUAGAACCCAAGAACUGAAGUAUCAAUUACAGACAGGUGUGCUAACUCCUGAUGCCUGGAAGAAAAAGAUAGAGGAGACAUUCAACUAGAACAAGUAUCACAGAAGUUUGGCUAUUGUUGAGUGUUUGACCACUAAUGACCCUGGUUGUUGCAGACUCGUUCAGAGAAGUGCUAAGAACAUUGCUAUCAAGACUCAAGCUCUCAAGUUAUCAAUGGAAAUGGUAAAAGCUGAUGUUCUGUUAUUAAAGCAAGCUUUGAUUCAGAUUCAUGAGAAGAAGAAGCGUGAUCGUGAAAAGAAAGACCAGCUUCUGAACAAAGAGGCCGACAUGAACGUGGAUGAAUUGCUUGAAAAGUACAAAGCUCUUGAUUCAGAGAUGAUCAAAGAAAAGGACUGGAAAUUCGCCAGCUAUAAUGUCCCCAUUGAGGUGCAUGUUGAACUCCUUAAGAUGAGCUAUGAGUGCAAACUGUGGGCUGAGUUCGAUCUAUUACUUGACCCUGCUCUAGUUAGACUCAAGUUUAGAAGAUAUGAGACACCCUAUCUUGCAACUGUUGAUGUCCUUAUGAGUGCAAGCAAGAUUGCUAAUAUUCCAAAUGGAUUCGAAAAAAUACCUAAGGAUAUUAACGCAGCAAACCUAAGAAUAGAACUUAAGAGACUAAGAGCCCAAGCUAAAAUGGCAGGACCAACUGGUGGAGCUGAGAAGAAAGAAGAAGACAAAAAGAAAGAAGACUCUAAGAAAGCUCCAGCUCAAUAACCACCAGCCAAAGCAGGAGCUAAACCAGGUGGUAAACCAGAUCCAAAGGCUUAGUAGUAGCAGCAAGAGAUUCCUAAGGACGAGGAAGAUGAGCAGUAAAUCCAAGCAAGUGAAGCUGAGCUAGAGAAGAUCAAGCACAUUUAUGUUAAUCUGCUACUUCAGCGUACCAAGAACUCUCAGAAUGCUAUAGUGGGUAUCGAUGUUGUUCUGGCUGAUGAGAACCGCGGUCCAGAUCUCCCUGACAACCACUACGCAGUUGCAGUACCAAUCAGAUAGCACACAGGAGUCUAUGAGAAGACCAAACUCAUACCUUAUAUUGUCUUCAGAAGAACUGCCAACUCUCUUAUUGAUGAAGAGGAUUGUCUUUCCAUUAUCACUGAUGUUACUGUCAUUAUGGGGCAAGAUCCUCAUAUUAGAGCACCACUGGGAUAUCACAAGAUACCUGUAGACUUGAGACAAACACCUAGAGAUCUUGAAAGAGUACCCAACCUAGACUAUGUCUAUGUCUGCUAUAAGACUGAUAAAUAACUUGCACUUACUGAGAGAGAUUUACUUGUCUUCAGAAGAGUAGCUGACCUUGAAAAAUCACUAAUUGAAAAGAAUACCCCUGAUUAUAAGGCCUUAGACGAAGCCAGAGUCUUCAUGAGUGUGAACUAUAAUAUCGAGAUGCUAGUUGAUCUUAGUAGAACCAUCAAAGAGGCAUUACUGGGACCUCUAGGCGAUCACUUUUUAGAAAACAGGCAGGACAUCCUAUUUGACAUCUGCUGUUUCCUUUGGCAGAAAUUCCUUCUUCCAGUUUUGCAGAGAGUUGACACCUACACCGAAAUGCGGCAUUAGCGAGAAUACCCUAUUGAGUUUGUAGAAUAGAUGGAUGAAUAUGUGAUCUAGAUAAAGAAUUACUUUGUCGAAGCCUUCAACGUCAUGCAGCGAAUUCUAACUCGCAUCCCAUUCAUCGAUGACAUGAUCAUGUACUGCAAGUUCUCAAUUUACCUCGCCACCCUUUAAGAAGAGAUUGGAGAGUUCCGUAAUGCAGUACAGACUCUAAGAUCAGCUAUUGGCAAGAUCGUAGAAUAUCGUGAAGAGAGACUCAAGCAGUGUCUAGACUCCAAGGAAAACAUUAGGACUUCAAUGAGCAUCACAAUUGAUAACAAAAAGAUUGGGGAUUUAGAGCAAAGGAUCAACAUUAUACAUGAAACUUGGGAGCAGAUGAUACUCAGGAAGGAAAGAGAAAGAGAGCGCAGGGAAAGAGAAGAACCUGGCUUGGACGAGGAUGAGGGCGAUGAAGAGCAGUUAGAAGUGCAGGAAUGCAUUGAGGAGUUGAAGAACAAGGAUCUAUUUGAAAGAAAUAUCAACAUUGAGGAAUGGAGAAAAACUACGAGAUCCAAGAAUCAAAUUCAAAAUGUCAGGUAUUUCAACAACUAAGAACAGAUUAUUCACUCUCUUCACUCAGAUCUAUUGAUCAACCUGUACAGAUGCGAAAUUAAACUUGGUCGUGAAAUGGGAGUAGUCAAAAACUAAACCAAUAAGCUGCUUAUCUCUCAAGGAAUCGACUUAAGCAAGAAUGCUCCAGGCAAUAUUACCAAAAAUCUAGCGCAGUCUCUUAAUACCAAAAUGAAUUAGACUAAGAAUAAGACCAUAAGUAAGUCCAAGAAUGAUCUCUCCAAUCUAAAACAGACACUCCAAGAGGCAGGUAAACUUCCACCUCCAAAGCCACAGAUUCAAUCUUAUGAAAAGAUUCUUGAGAAGGAAAAUAAUCAAAAUCCCUAUUAAAACGCUCUGCUACAUAUGUGUCUAGCUGUGGCUAAGUCAAAUAUUGUAGAGUAGAAGUCGUUACUCUUAGAGGCCGUUGAAUGCUUGAAGAGAGCCAAGCAGCAGGAAGACAAUUUAAGUUAGUUGUCGUUGGAGAAUGCAAUUUAUAUUAAAGCAGCUCAGCAUUAUCAUGAAUACUAUGAGAGAACUGCUGAUCAGGUGCAUCCCUUCAAUCUCAUGGCUAAGCAGUAAUACAUCAAGAAGUCAAACGUGCCAGCCAAACCAAUCAUGAUUUGCAGAACUAGUACAAGCAUUGUGAUGAAACUUCCUUUCUAUAGGCCAGUCACUGAAUAUAAAUCCUGGAGAAACAUUAGCCAGAUGGCUUUAUUCGGUAAACCCAGUGGUUCAGGUGUCGGCGUAAGUCUUAACAAUACUGAGUAUGAUGGUACUGGAGAUAAAAGACAGCCAGGUGCUGUAGUCAAAGUAACUGGCCUUAUUCCUAAUGAAAAAUACGUGUUUGCAGCUGGUGGAUAUACUCAUGACGGUAUCUGUGUGAAUGGAAUAGGUGAAACCUCAAAUGACAUUAUAACGCUUUUGCCUUUGUCAUUACACUAACUUCAAGGUUACUUAGCUGAAAUUGCUUUUAAGCUUGGUCAUUAUCAAAUAGCAAAGCAAGUAGCAGAGAAUCUGUGUGCUUAGUUCAUUGAGAAAAAUGAGUUCAAGUACCAGAUGCUUGACACUCGUAUUAACCCCAUCCUGGCUUUUAAACUCAACCACGAGUACUUAUAAUUACUAUCUCCAAUUGAAGCCAAGUAGAUUGCAGAAGCCUUUUUAAUCCUAGCUAAAGUAUCAAAGAUAGUAAAAUCUGACACUCAAAAGAAGGCUGAUCUAAGUGAGCUUAAGGUAGAGAAGCAAAAGAUUGAUAUGAAAAUUUGUAACUAUUUGCAAAUAGCUUUGGACAUUGGCACCAGUAUAAACUAGCAUGUACUUGUCAAGAGAGUUGUCUCAGAAAUCUAUAACCACCUUAACCCUUACUUCCAACUUAAUCCAAGACCUUAAUUAAUGUUCCAAAUCUUGUUUAAGUGUCAUUAAUCUCUUAGACUAGUACCUUCUGAAUUAUUAGACUCGAACAUGCGCAAGAUCAUUGGAUGUAUUUCUUAUUAGAUCCUAAGAUUAGACUUUGAAAACUCAGAGGAGGAGUCAUUCAAACGAAUCAUGAUAUCUGAGUUGCCCUUAAACACAAGGAAAUGGCGCAAGUACACUUAGUACAUAAUUCGCAGACCUCAACUAACUGAAGAACUUAGAGUGAAAAAGGAGGAGCAGGAGAAACGUAUCAGACUCGGAGAGAACAUACCUGAUGCUGAUUUAAUCAGAGAUCCAGACCCUUAUGAAGAGAAAAUUGUGAAGUUUGAAGAAUUUGAGACUGAAGGUUAAUCGUUUGAGGAAUUCUUGUUAUAGCUCAUUGAUUAUCAAGAUGUUGUCAAAGCUAAGACAGAAAGAUGGAAGCUUGCAAUAAAUAGAUUCUAGAAAACUGCUACUAAUGGUAAUGAAGUAGUCGAUAAAGCUAAAGAGCAGUUAGUUCAAAUAGUUGAUUUCUGGGAAGGUGUGAAACUCAACAACCCACAAGUUUAGCUUCAGCAAAUUAUUCUAUCCUAUGACUAAGGCAAUCAAAAUGCAAGAUAUCUGGAAUUCUGCUGCAAAUGUGUGAGAAGAGCUAUGGAGCUAGGCAUGACCUCAUUUGCUGAACUUGAGGAGAUUGUUGCCAACAAGGUCAAAAUCGCUGAUGAUGUAAUUUCAAAUAUCGAGAACAAAUCAGCUGAGAGACUAGAGUACCUUGAAAAAGAUAUUGUGAGAAAGCAAAGAAAGAGAUUCAAUAUGCUUGAAGAAAAAGUUGCUUAAAUUCAGGAGUCAAACAGCAUUACAUAAGGAGCUAAGGCCUUUAAUAUGAAGCAACUUGACGAGAUUAUCCAAGGAGGCAAUCUUAUGGACGAAGAAGAUGACUACUGGGGUAUAGUUUAAUUUGAUAACGAAGAGGAGGAGAAGUUCAAUACUUACACAUAUCUUUGGAUCAGUGAGAAGCUGCUGCUUUAGGGAAUGAACUCCUUCCUUAACAUGGCACUAACCUUCCCUCAGAGAUCUUUGACUCAGGCAGGCAACUCUCAAGUGGUCUUUAAUGAUAUCCUACAGAUUGACUUCAACAAGUACAAGUAGGCUUUAGAUGAGCACAAUGACAGAAUCAAGAUUCAAAGAGAAUCCUUUGAAGAGGAACACAAGCAUGACACGGAGAAGUUCGUGCUUAAAAUUGAGGACAGAGUCAAGAAAGUAGCUGCUAUACUUAAGAUCAUGGCAAGAGCUGCUGAGUAUGCCAGAAACGCCCGUGCCUGGCUGCAACUAGAGAGCAUCAUUAGAUACACUUGGAAUGUACUGAACUAUGAUAUCACCAGUCCACUUGAAUUGAAAGAGACAGAUGCUUGGAAAUACGUAGUCAUACUAGCUGAGACUAGCUUGUAUCUGGUUGAAUACCUGAGAGGUGGUGGGCAACUCAGAAAAUAAGGAGGCCACGAGAUUGAUCUUAUCAAGAGUCAAAAGCCAACUAUGCUCAAAGAACCAGGAAAAACAGUUGGAUUCAGAAUUUAAGCUGAGGAGGAAAUGGGCAAUGGUGGUCAUGAGUUGAAUCAUAAUGAGUCUAAGCAGACUAUUGGCACCAGCAAGAGUGGAAAUAUGGGGGCUAAUGGAAAAGGACUCAAGUGGUAUGAGAAGAUUCAGGAAUUCGAUAUCACUGUCCAUUGCAGCUUCAUUACCUAUGGUGUUCAAUGCUUAAUGGGAGUUAAGAAAUGGGAAUCACUCGUUGAUCUCAGCAAUAGAAUCAACACUGCUAGUGAAAACACCUAUGCAUAACAACUUCUACCUUUUAUCAUCUAUGCCUAGACAACCUUAUUCGAUGAUGCAGCAGCUCGCACUCUAGCCAAGAGAGGUGAGUUGUAAGUGAGAAUCUCUCAAUUUGAGAAUUGGAAAGCCACCAACAAAAAGAAGAGAAGUCGCCAAGCUAUGAUUACUGGAGAGAUACCCCCAGAGGAGCAGGAAUUCUUAAGAGACAAGGCCAGAAUAGAAAAAGAGAUCAACAGACUAGAGAUCAUUGAAAAUGUACUGAUGACUGACAAGCAGAAGUCAGAUUAGCUUUUGGAAUUCAUCAAGAGAGACGCUAAUAGCUGUGAAGAGUCACUCAAGUAAUGUCGUAAGUUGUACUUCCAGUUUGGAGUGGAGACUCAGAACCUCAGAAUUGAUGAGCUUAAAAAGGGUUAAACCCAUUUUGAGAUCAAAGCAAAGAAAAAGGGACACAAAGUCUACACCAACAUGGUGAUUCAGAACUACAAGAAGUGUAUAGAACUGCUCAGAAAGAGACAAGAAAAGUUCUUAUUGAUUUAAGCUUUGCAUGAACUGGGAAAUUUACUAUAUGCAGAUGGAUAACUAGGAGAAGCAGAAAUCCAAUGGAAUGACUGUGUAGAUACCAUAUUCUAGAGACUUUAUGUAGUCAACUCAUUUAGACAGGUCUUUAAAGAAAACCCCUAACUUGCUGACACACUUGGAUCUAAGCAAUGUCUUAUUGGUGGAAUAGUACUAACAAAAUUAGCCAAAUUAUGCUAUGAGGGUAGAGAUCAGUUCAGAUAUAAUGAAUGCCUUCUAAUGACUGCUGAGCUUUACGCAGCACCAGCAAAACUUAGCUUCCCACAUCCACAGCUGCCAAUAGAAUAUGCUAACUAUAGAAUGAGAGAGUUUCUCAGUGACUAGCUAUUUGCUGAUAAAUACAUUCUUACUCCCAGUGAGAUUAUGCAUACUAUUGGAGUAGCAACUCAAGCUCUCAUUGAUGCUGAUCUUCAUGAUAAAGCCUUACCUCUGGCUUCUCUAAUGGAAUAUAUGGCACAUGAGAUCACUAAGUCUAGAGUACUAACAGUUAAGGCAAGGCUCUUGAAAGCCAUUGCUCUGAUUGAAAUUGGUUUCAUUAAUGAGGCUUACCAACUCUACAAUAAGAUCUUAUCACAAAAAGACUUGCCUAAGAUCGGAGUUAGAGAGUCUGAGUUUAUUAACAAGAAAGAGGGCAAGAACUUCUUCUUCCCUUCAUCCCAGAGAUACUACAACCACCUGACACCAGAAAAUGAUAAAAAUCAAGAAGCAAUUUAGAAUAUCUCUAAGAGCAUCCCAGUUGAGAUAGUAAACCAACUUAAGAAGUACCUUUCUCCAUAUGUGAUUGACUUAUUGCAUUUCACAAGAAGUUUAUUCCUUGCGAGACUAGGAGAAUCAGAAAAUGUAGAGAUGCCAGAGAAAGCAGACUUCAGAGUUCAGCUACUCAGAUCAAGCGAGGAGAAUUUGAGAAACAUACUUAGGAGUAUACAAAUGAAUGAAGAAAUUCAGUUCUGCAAAGAUAAACUUGAUAAUCUUUUGAUCAAAGAAAUUGACAUUCCAGAUUAGGAGAUCGGAGACCUUAAGAGCAGACUUUAAAAAUGCUAUGAGGCAUCAGCCAUUAAUGAUGAUGAUUAAAAGAACUUCUUCACUAACAAGGAGGAGGAGAUGUGUUAUGCUGACAGAAGAUCACAAUAUUUGUCACUGCUCCUCAGAACAAGAUUGCUCAUUGGAAGAAUCCAACAAAAGCAAGGCUUCCUAAUACAAUCAUUCUAUGUCUUGAGAUAGGCUUUAACUAACUUCAAGGCUCUAGCUGAAGGUAAGCACUCCAAGGUAGAGAAUGGAGUAGAGGCUGAGGACAAGGGAUCAUUCAAGUUGCCUGAGAUUUACGGAGGAUCUGGACUUGGUAUCCCAUCUUCAGACCCUAAAGCAGCUGCACAGUAAAAACAAGCUUAAGCUGCACCAGCUAAAGGUGCACCUGCCGAUAAAAAAGGACCCCCAGGAAAAGGUGGUGCCUAGUAAUAACAAUAGGACGAAGAAGAAUUAAAGAGACAAGAAGAGGAGAGAAAGAAGAGAGAGGUAGAGGAAGAACUGAAGGAAAAGCGAAGAGUAGAGUCGGCUGAAAGAAGAGACCACCCACACAUCUAUCUCUGGCUUAAGAUCAAGCUGGAAAUAGUAAACAUUCUCUACAAUCAAAAGAGAUUUGAAGAUUGUGCAGACUGCAUUGCUGUGACUAAGCUAGAAUGCCAAUCUCUGAACGAUCUGUACUUCGUUCGACAACUGAUGGAGAUUGAGUUCAUGAUUGAGGUAUUCAAGGGCGAGAUCGAUCAGGCCAUCAGAACUGCUGAGAAAAUCAGAAAGCACGCUCAGGUCUACAACUAAAAUGACACUUCAUACGCUUUCUUCUUGGGCAAUCUGUCUGAACUGAUGUACAACAAAGAUAAGAGAACUGAAGCCAAUGAUGUUGUGAAAGAGGGAAGACUUAUUGUGUGGUACAAGCUAAGAGACUAUGGACUGGAUCUAGACCCAUAAAACAUCAAUUUCAAAGGAGAGGUCAAGGUAAACAAGGCUAGAGUUAAGCCAAAUGAAGACGUGCUCGCACAGUUCCAGACUGCAGUGCCUGCUGCCGGUGCCAAGGGAGGAGCUGCGUAACCUAAAGCUGGUGCUCCGGCUGGUAAAGCUGCUGCUGGAGGCAAAGGCUAACCUGUCGUGGCUGAGGAUCUACCUGUUGAAGAAGAAAAAGUAGACCCUGCAUUAGAUUUCAACAACAGAAUUGAAUACUAACUGAUUGGUGCUGAUUACAAUAUUAAUUCAUCACAAUAAGAGCCUAACAUCUACAUAAAAUUCUUGGAAUCAGCUGUAAGAUUUGACAUCCGCUACGCUUAAUACCUGACUAUGAUUGAGAAGAAGCAUGACUUGGCUAAAAAGCUACUUACUGACUCAGAAAAGCUUCUUAAACGCACUCUACAUAUCUCACCGCAGCUCAAAUUUUACGUCAACUACUUGCUUGGUCAUGCAAAUCUCUAGAUCUUCUAUGAUAAGCUAAGAGAGUAUCAGCAGAAGUAUGAUACCAAUGGCAAGUAUAAGGAUAGACUUCAGAAGCACAUCCCCUACGGUUCAGUUGCCUUGGGCAUCUACAUGCUGGACUUGCCUAACUUCAGUGAUAAGCUGAAAAAGUUCUACAGAGACUAUCUUGAAUGGGCUAAGAAAUCACUUAAGCAAUCCAUUGACUUUGCCAAGACUGAGCCCAUUGUCUAUGAAUUUGACUUCUCAGUGAUUGACGCAUUGAAGGAAUUGGCUGAAGUUAACUUUUUGAUUAGUGAAUACAGAGUCAGAGUGCUGGCCUAUAAGUAUGCUAAGUACAAGGAACUAGACAUUGCCAGAAAGAUCAGCAGGAAGCUGGAGCAUAGAAGAGAAGUGGACAAUGUAGUUGAUGACAACUUGCUUGAAGAGGAAAUCGAGAAAGAGAUUAAGAACGCCAAAGAUGAGUGGGAAGAGCAAAAAAUUAACAAGGAAAAACUAGAGAUCGCUAAUCACAGAAGAGCUUGCGCCUAUUAUUUGGAGUUAUCAGUCAAUUUAAGCAAGGUACAAAGAGAGUUCUUGGACAAGCAGCACUUAAUGAGUCAGGUCAACUUGACUGAUCCAAGCAAGAUCCCUAGAGAAAUCGCUUCUGAGCUCUUUGAGGCCUUCCAAGUCACCAAAGUCAACUAUGUCAAAGUACCUGAUUUUGAACCAAAGGAUAAGACUGUAAUAACUUCUUCAGAACUAUUAGCAUACUUGAAAACUCUUACUAAGGAAUUAGAAUUUAUGACUUUCGGAGAGGAGAAGCAGAGACAGAGCAAGCUUAUUAGUAAAUUGCACAGAUACCUCAAACUCAAUCUUGCUUCAUAUGUGCAAAAAUGUAAUGUAGAGAUUAAAGAUCCAGAUGAAUUCAAGGAUGUUUCUUAAAUCCCAGGGGCAUCAGUUGAAAGUUUUGAAUAUGUUCCAAAAACCAAACUAGUAAGCAAAUGGGCUGAUUUCAAGACACAAAAGAGCAGUAUGUUCUACAUUAUUGGACCAAUUGAAGAAUAACUCUUAUGGACUCUAUAUCCUAGGGAAAAGGAUGCAGGUCUUACUGAUGCCGAAUAACUAGUUAGAGAUGAAGAGAGAAGGGAUCAUCAGAUCGUGCACUUCGGUAAACUUGACGUCGAUCCAUUGGUGCUAUCAGCUCUUUACUAAGAAGUAAGGGACUUGAUUGACAAAAUGAAAUCCUCUGAGAAGCUAUCUGCUGCUCAUAAUGAAAGAGACCGAAGGGGUUACAAGAUCAAGUUCGAAUAGCUACUUGAGAGAUUCGGAAACUUCUUCAAGCCUCCAGUCCACACAGAUGACGAAAGCAAUGCAAAUGCUCAAAAUAUUGAUGUCUUGUAUCUGAUUAGAGACAUUAUACCAGAGCUUACAGUUGAUAACGUUGAGAAACUUGCAACUCUUCUUCAAAAAGACACAGGUUGUUCACUUAAUGAUCUUAAGUACAGCACUAUCCUCAGAAAAUUCCACAGAAUUAGAUAUGUCAAGUGA